AUGUCAUUGAAUUUUUUCGAUCGUCUUCCUGUCGAAUUAAUUUAUAAAAUUCUCGGCUAUCUUUGGGCACAUGAAACUUUUUAUUCCUUUUUUAAUGUUAGUGAAUAUCUUCGUGCUAUUUUGAAAAGUUACGAUCGCUUUUUAAUCAACUUUCGAUCAGUUCGCAAGACACAGUUUGAUCUUACUUGUCGUCUCAUUCGACCCGAUCAAAUCAUUUCACUGUCCCUCUCUGAUAAAGACAAUACACCUGAUCAAUGUAUUCUUUUCUUCUCGUAUUUUUCUAUCGAACAAUUCGUCAAUCUUCGAUCAUUCGAAAUGGACUCGUUUAAUGAAGAUACGUUUGGACGAUUGAGAAAUCUGUUACAACUUGAGCACUUAUCAUCAUUGCAUUUGCCUAGUCGUCUAUGGCAUUCUGGAGCUUUCAAAGCAUUUAUCCGCUCGAUAGUACCGCGACUUCGUCGACUAAUAACCGAUGAUUGUUACUUCGAGCAUCCUUUGGAUAAUUUACAGCACUUAAUAUUGACACGAUGUCAUUGCACAGAAAUUAGGUAUUUGUUCAAGAACAUAAGUCAUAUUCGUUCUUUGAACAUUACUCUGGUUGACUAUGGUAAUACCGGUUGGCCCACAGACGUACAGAUCUUAUCAGAACUUCGUCAAUUUUCUCUCAGCGUUGACAAUGGUGAGAUGGCAAUAGCUGAAAUAAGAAAUAUUUUACAUGCUAUGCCAUGUGUGAAAUAUUUAGAACUUGACAUUCUGUGUGAAAUCGGUUUAAUCGACAGUCAUCAAUGGGAGUCCAUUGCUGUUGAUCUCAUUCGAUUUGAUUUUCGAUUUCGUAUUGUACAUUGGUCGUCAUCUGAUGCUGCGAAAAUCAACCAUCUUAAUUCGUUUCGAACACCAUUCUGGCUCGAACAGAAGCGUUGGUUUGUUGCUUAUGAUGACCGCAAACCAGCCACCAUUUUCACUAUUCCUCGCUUCAUGCCAAAAGACUUCGAAUGUCCAUCGAACAAUACCAUAGAAGAUUGUACAACUGAUAUUUUAAAACCCAAUAAUUACGUCGAACAUCUUAAUUUAUUUCCUGCUAAAGAGAGUACACAAACUGAAAACAAAUUUGAUUUACAGACUUUGCUCGAAGAUAAACCACGUCUAUACUCACUGAAUAUCUGUAAUUUAUGGUCAUCCGAUAUUCCACAUCACAACGUUGUCUUUGAACAAAUACGAACUUUGCGCUUUAGUUUCGAACAGAGGCAAUCAUCAUCGUUGAACCCAGAAUAUAUAUGUGCAGCAUUUCCUCGAUUAGAAUGUUUGCACAUAUCAGUUGAAUUGCCGGGAGAGUUAUUUGUCUUCAUCGAUCGAUUAAAAUAUUUAUCCGAUGCGUAUUUUCGUUUCAAUUUUAGUAUUAAGACAUGGUGUUGUUGGCAACGUCCAAGAGUAACACGUCAAUGGCUUAUUCGAAAUAGUCGACGAUUAUCACGUGACCGACAUUUUACCAGUACAAUAACCGAUCACAGUAUACGAUUAUGGAUGAGUGAUAAGCAUGAGUCAUCAUCGAUAUUUAAGAGAUUCAUGAAAUUGAGCAAAAAAUGA